AUGGGCCCAUGUUCACCAUGGUCACUGAUGUUUAUUCUCUGUGCGGUGAGACUGAGUCAACAGUGGCCAGCGCUUGGAUUUUGGCUGUCAGCGUUGGGAAAUUCAAAUGAGAGGAAUUAUUCAGGGAAGCGCACCGAGGCCAGGGUAUUAAAUUUUUUCCCUGUACCAGUCGAGGAGGAGUGUCUCACGGAUGACAAACGCCGGCGCGGCACAUGCAUGAACACGUACGAAUGCCGAAUUCAGCAAGGAACAUCUCACGGUCCAUGUGCCCUUGGCUUCGGCGUUUGUUGUGUAUUUACAGCGACUUGCAACAGUGAAGUUGGUAAUAACCUGACGUACGUGACGAGCCCGGGAUUCCCAAACCUCAUCGAUCAGCCCAUGAAUUGUUCAGUGAUCAUCAGAAAGAUAGAGCCCCAAGUCAGUCAGCUUCGUAUCGAUUUUUUGCAUUUUAAUAUCGGUCAGCCGAACAGGCGAACUGGUGGAUGCGAUGAAGACAUAAUGGAAAUCACGAGUGGCGAUCGAAUAUACCAGCUUUGCGGAUGGAAUAGUGGACAGCACAUGUACGUGGACGUGUCAGAGGGUCCAGUGACUCUUGACUUCAUUCUACCCAGUAGUCUGCAAUCCCGAAUAUGGGAAAUGUCAAUAGUUCAAUUGCCAUUCGAGCAGCGUGCACCAGCCGGCUGCCUCCAAUACUUCGACACAUCGCGUGGUACUCUAAAAACUUUAAACUACUUGCCAAACGGACGAUACUUAUCAAAUCAGGAUUAUCUGCUGUGCAUACGCCAGGAGAGAGAGAUGUGCAGCAUUGCUUAUUCACCAUGCAGCAAUGACUCAUUCAGAAUAGGUCCCAGUAGAUUAACUGGAAACCAGAGUAACCAAGUGAACCUUGCAGAUGGCUCUGGGGCUGGCUCUGAUGAUCCUACUCCCAUCAGACGCUGCAAUGAUCGUGUUCUCAUCCCAUGUGACUUUGAGGAAUUCAUAACGCCGGGCAAUGAUGGCGCUGGUGUCUGUGACCUUGAGCACUGUGGCACAUCACUUUGUGGACCUGGGGAAAUGGACACUGAGGGUAAUUGCCGAGUUGAAACAUCGGCCACUCCAUUCCACAUAAGGGUGGCGUUUGGCACAGGAAAUGAGAAUUUCACGUCAAUGGAAGACAUGAUUGGUAUGUGCAUCAAUUACGAACAACUGCCUUGUGUAUCGUGAAACAAUUUAAUGUCAAAGUUCUAGUCUGCGGGAGUUGCAGGGGAGGUAGUUCAUAAUAGAGAUGUGGAAUGCCCGUUUUAUUUCCGUCAUAUUUUCUCAUAUUUGGGUCAUUUUUUGAGGGCUCGAUCGGAAAACUUUUUAAUAGAAUUGAAUUAUUAUCAAUUAUUAUUUUAUUUAGUAGGGGAGA